AUGCAGGCGCAAGAAGUUUCUGGACUUGCGUUAGAUAACACCGACCCAGUUCCGCGACCAGGCAGUGCUCAGAUUAAAAUCGACGUCAACGCUGAGCCCCCUGAUAAUGCUUUCAUAAGCUCACAUGACAUUUCAUCGCAAGAUCAUACUCCAUUCAUCCGUUCCGAACUGUUUGCCAACACACCGAUCACUGUCUUUGCCGAUGAACGUGAAGCACUCUCAGUGGCUCGUGAUCUUGCUGAAAUGAAAACUGCGCAGGGUGAUAAUUAUCCAUUUUAUGUGAUGGAUAUGGGUCGUUUAGAGAGUUUGCUGCGUUCUUGGCGUGAGCAUCUGCCACGUGUUCAACCGUUCUAUUCGAUACGUUGUAAUGCCGAUCCAGUGUUACUGCGUCUUCUUGUUGAACAACCUGAUAUCGGUUUCUAUUGCACGAAUCGUGCCGAGCUGAAUCUGGCUGUGGAAUUGGCUGGUGAGAAACGUGUCGUUUACGCGAAUCCGUUAUGGACGCGAGGUAACGUCCGUCACGCACGUGAACUAGGUGUUGAUAUGCUGAUAUUUGAAAAUUACGACGACUUGGUUCGUAUGCAUUCUCUGCAUCCCACAGCCAGUUUGGUGUUACGUGUAUGCAUGAAUGCGCCCAUUGAUGAGCAAUUGAUUGGUAAUGGUUGUAAGUUGAACGAAGAAGCGCAUCGACUUCUUUCAUUGGCCGCUGAUAUUGGUGUUAAAGUUGUUGGAAUAAGUUUUUCCAUUGGUACCGGAGCGUGCUCAGUUGGAAUCUAUUCCUAUGCAAUCGCCCAAGCACGUCAUCUUUUUGAUGUAGCUACGGCAAUGGGUCAUGAGAUGAGCGUACUGGAUAUCGGUGGUGGUUUCACGUAUGCGUCGCAUGCACGGGGAGGACCUUCCUUCGAACAGAUAGCAAAUACGAUCAAUGUGUGUCUGGAUGAAUAUUUCGAUGAAUGUUCAUUUGCUCAUGUUCGUAUAAUCGCCGAGCCAGGUCGUUAUUUUGCUGCAUCGGUGUUCUCGUUGGUUACCAAUAUCAUCAAUAAGCGUGCCGUUGAUGCCAGUUCGGUCACCAACAACGUAUACGAUAGUGGUAGUGCGGGUUUCGUCUAUCAAACGAAUGAAGGCUUUUAUGGCUCAUUUGGUUGUCGCUUAACGUCACAUUGUGAGCCGAAAUGUCGUCCUUUGAUUUAUAGCGAUAAUAUUCACGAACUGUCAUCAUCUACCACUUACGCUACCAUUCUUGGUCCAACGCUCAAUAAUGAUAUCGAUGUUGUACAGUCCGUUGCACGGCUUCCACAAAUGCAAGUCGGUGAAUGGUUAUUGUGGGAUGAUAUGGGUGCUUAUUCAAUGGGAAAUCGCGAAACACUCGGCGAGGAUAAUGGUUACGCCUCUCCAACGGUCUACUAUUUUGUUGGGGAUAAACGUUGGCAGCAUAUGUCGAGGCCUUCCACUCCAGAGCGUGCUUCCAAUCUUGGAACGGAUGGUUGCUCGUCAUCAUCACAAAAACGUGGCGGCGGCACUGAAACUGAAGUGGAUUCGCAUUCCUUGGAUAGUGCCGAAAGUGUUAGCGCAGUUACAGAUGACGAACGCUUAUGGACAGAUUUUGAGCAUUGGUUAAGACAGUGA